CCGCUUACGUAGUGUCCAUCCUCAAAAAACCUGCCUCUGAUCCUUACCCAAGUUGCCUAGCAACUGGAUCCUCUCACCUCCACAUCCUUGCCAUGAUACGAGCCUUAGCUCAUGCUGCUAAAUUUGGAGUGGCGCUGCUGAUAGGCCAAGAACCCCGGAUUAACCCCUUAAUGCGAGCCUAGCAGAGACAAAAACUGACCCGUCUGCCCAUCCCGUGCUAAGCCCAUCCCUCAGCCGACGCGUAACUUUUUUGUUCCUCCAUCAUCUCCAUCACCAACAUUCGUUAAUUCUUUUUCGUCCUUCUUCAACUACAAUCGCUAUCUUGAAAGUUUUAAUACACUUUUUAAACACAAACCGUCAUCAUGUCUUCCACCACUCUCAGCACCGCCAGCGCCGUCCCCACGGCCUGCACAAACCUCUAUGACACCCCCAACCAGGACAACACCUGCGCCAUGCCCUUCAAGGACAACCACACCGAGAUCAUGCAGAAGUGCUGCGGUGACGCCAAGAUCGUGAGCUACUACAACGGCUGCGGCCUCUACUGCGUCGCCCUCGACCAGACCAUCGGCGAGCUCGCAAAGUGCCUCUUCUCCAACGGCGCCCCCGACGCCGACGUCUUCUGCAGCGGAAGCAAGAAGACUACAAAGACAAAGGACGCCGACGUCCCCGCUACCGCUCAGGCUAGCGUCAUCUCCGGCGACGAUGACAAGGAUGAUGAUGACAAGAGCUCUACUGGUACUGCUUCUGGUACCUCUACCAGCACUGGUACUAGCUCUUCUAGCUCUGAGACUUCUACUGAGAGUGGAAACGCCGCUGCUGGCUUCGCUCCCAAGUCUAGCAUCAACACCCUUGGCCUUGCCAUUGGUGCUCUGCUCUUCUCAUCCAUGGCCGCUGGUGCUUUCCAGCUGUAAGCAGCUCAAGCUACCAUUAGAUGUUUGCUCGGUCAUUCUAUGUCGAUAAUUUGGAACGGUUCAAAUAAUGUUUGCGUGCAUCUAGCAUUUGGGCGGUGCGUAAAAUAUUGAUGGAUAUCAUAAUUGGUUUUAUGUGUUUGGAAAAUGGAAAUGUAUACUUUAAUUGGCAGUCGAUCUCUUGAUAUACAAAUGGCUCCCCCAGUUUGUUUACCCCAUUAUCGUGACUCGUGCAAGCGUCGCUGCCUCCACUUAUAAGCGAGGGACGGACUUAAUUAAUCGUGAUCGAUGAAUGGAAGGCCGUGUAACGUCGUGCGACGUCAUUAAAUCAUGUGUAAACCAUGUGUCGACUGGAAAUGGCUUGCCAAGGAAAACG